AUGCAAGUGCUCUCACCGGGCGCCUUGCCCCCACAAGACCCGAUGGCCCCUCAAGAAGAGGAGUGGCGCGAGAAUCUGAACGUGCGCGUCAUCUGCAACGACUGCCGCGAGGAUCCUCCAGACCUCCGCGAGGACCACGCCAGCGGCGAUCUCAUCUGCGGUAGCUGCGGACUCGUCCUCCAGCAGCGCCAGAUCGACACCAGCUCGGAAUGGCGUACCUUUUCCAACGACGACCAAGGCAAUGACGACCCUAGUCGUGUCGGUGAUGGUCCAAAUGCGCUGCUCAACGGCGCGCAGCUGAACACCAACAUUGCCUUCGGUGACGGAGCCAAGAGCAGGGAGCUGAGCCGGGCGCAGAACAAGUCCAACCUCGACAAGGGCAACAAGUCCCUGCUGCAGGCCUACAAGCAGAUCGGUGCACUGUGCGACGGAUGGCAGCUGCCCGGUUCGGUCUCGGACACCGCCAAGCAUCUCUAUAAGGACUCGGAUGAGAGCAAGCUGUUCAAGGGCAAGUCACAGGACGCUCUCAUUGCAGGCUGCGUCUUCCUGGCGUGUCGGCGAAAUCAAGUUCCACGCUCGUUCCGUGAGGUCAUGGAGUUGACGAAAGUCAGCAAGAAGGAGAUUGGACGUACCUUCAAGCUUCUCGAAAACUUUCUCAUGAAGAAGGAAGAGGGAAAGAAGAACGGCACGUCCAUGGUUGCUGGCGGUAAGUUUGGACAUCUGCACCUGGCUGACGUCCAAGCAUUGUUGCUGAACUUGCGUGAUCUAGGUACUGUCGUCUACAACGAGGAGUACAAGGGUAGCGCUACUGCUCCACCCGACGUGAUAGUCCCACGUUUCUGCAACGAGCUGGGGAUGACUCAGAAGGCCGUUGUCGUCGCGCAGGAACUUGCGAACCAGAUGGAGAAGCUGGGCACACUCGCCGGUCGCUCACCUCUGUCGGCCGCUGCGGCAUGCAUCUUCAUGGCUGGCCACAUGAUGGGCGAAGUCAAGACUGCGAAGGAGGUGCAGAACAUCGCUCGCGUGUCUGACAGCACCAUCCGCCACGCGUACAAGAUGCUCUGGCUGGCUCGCGACAAGCUCAUCACUGAGGAUAUACUCGCUCGCGGAGCAGAUCCUGAGAAGCUCCCUAAGCCGUCUUAG